CUCCGGUGAUGAGGCAUCCAACGGCAGUCCAAGAAGGGUGGUGCGAUGAAGCUACUACUCGUCGAUGGUGGAGACAUGUGAGUGGACGGGGCUACUCGGGCUGUUCAGGCAAGAAGCAAACACGAAGAUACUUGCGAAAGAAAACGAGAAUGGCUGCGAGGUCUGAUGGGGGUCGUCAUCUAGCAAAGAAGUUGGAGCGCCUCUGAUGCAUGAACCGAAGAACAGAAAAAUCCGAGGGUUGGUUCGUCGGUCUCAAUGGGCGUUGCGAUGAGAUGCGAGGCCCGCUGCUCCGAUGGAGCAAUCAAACGACGACAGCAUCUCCGGUGAUGAGGCAUCCAACGGCAGUCCAAGAAGGGUGGUGCGAUGAAGCUACUACUCGUCGAUGGUGGAGACAUCAAAGAAGUUGGAGCGCCUCUGAUGCCUGGACCGAAGAACGGAAAAAAACCGAGGGUUGGUUCGUCGGUCUCAUUGGGCGUUGCGAUGAGAUGCGAGGCCCGCUGCUCCGAUGGAGCAAUCAAACAACGACAGCAUCUCCGGUGAUGAGGCAUCCAACGGCAGUCCAAGAAGGGUGGUGCGAUGAAGCUACUACUCGUCGAUGGUGGAGACAUGUGAGUGGACGGGGCUACUCGGGCUGUUCAGGCAAGAAGCAAACACGAAGAUACUUGCGAAAGAAAACGAGAAUGGCUGCGAGGUCUGAUGGGGGUCGUCAUCUAGGAAAGAAGUUGGAGCGCCUCUGA